UGUGAGGAAACAUAUCCCAGCUUUGGCCACCUGGGGGCAGGUGCUGCAAAGACCUUCACAAGUCUACGUCACUGGGAAUUUCCAGUGGGGAAGUGAAGUUUCUGAACAACUGUACAAGUCGAUGUUGCUAGCUAGCACUGUUAUAUUUCAUCCUCGUUAACUGAAGCAAAAUUAUUAACCUAGAAGUGUUGUAUAAUAUGAACGUUUGACGAUAGGAUACUGUCAGAUUCGGUCAAAUCAGUUCACCUAAGCAUGGCGCAAUAAUGUGCAAAACUCGACUCAUCUGAUGUGGAUGUAGGAAUCGCAUGUGACCUAGGUAUUUAUCUUCUCUCAGACGCCAUGGCAGAAGAGGAGGCUUACCUGCCUCACCCACAGUACUAUGACAUAGAGCCAAUAUGGGAUCCUCUGAAUUUCCCUCCCAUGUCACUCAACAACUCACUCCGGACAGCAGAUGGACCCUACCUUCAAAUCAUUGAACAGCCUAAACAGCGGGGCUUCAGGUUCCGUUAUGGCUGUGAGGGGCCCUCUCACGGUGGGCUCCCAGGGGCCUCCAGCGAGAAGAACAGGAAGUCAUAUCCCCAGGUCAAGAUCUGUAACUACCAGGGGUUGGCACGUGUGGUGGUACAGCUGGUGACCAACUCUAAAGAUGCCCACCUCCAUGCCCACAGUUUGGUGGGCAAGCAGUGUGACAAAGGCAUCUGCAUCACAGACCAACAGCCCAAAGACUCCAGCAUCAGUUUCCCCAACCUGGGCAUCCUCCACGUGACCAAGAAGAAUGUGAGUAAGACACUGGAGGACCGCAUGACUGAGGCCUACAGGAUGGGUUACAACUGUGGCAUUGUCAUCCACCACGAGAUAGACGCCAUCCAGGGAGAGGUUCGCAUCCCCCGGGAGCUCACUGAUCACCAGAGAAGCAUGAUCUGCAGUGCAGCAACCAAGCAGGCUAAAGAGAUGGACCUAAGCGUGGUGCGCCUCAUGUUCACAGCCUUCCUCCCAGAUAGUGACGGGGGCUUCUCCCGUAGACUGGACCCCGUCAUAUCAGACCCCAUUUUCGACAGCAAAGCUCCUAAUGCAUCCAACCUGAAGAUUGUGCGGAUGGACCGCACAGCUGGCUGUGUGACAGGAGGAGAAGAGGUCUACCUGCUCUGUGACAAGGUCCAGAAAGAUGACAUCCAGGUACGCUUCUAUGAGGAUGACGAGACCGGGCUGACAUGGGAGGCCUUUGGGGACUUCUCCCCCACUGAUGUGCAUCGACAGUUUGCCAUUGUUUUCAAGACCCCCAAAUACAGAGACCUGAACCUCCAGAAGCCCACCUCAGUGUUUGUGCAGCUGAAGCGUAAAUCGGACAACGAGACGAGCGAGCCCAAGCCCUUCACCUACCACCCACAGAUCAUAGAUAAGGAAGAGGUGCAGAGGAAGAGACAGAAGACCCUGCCUAAUUUCCAGGACUACAGUGGCCAAGGUGGAUCAGGGGGCAUGUACCGGGGACCAGGGGGAGGAGGCUCCGCUACGGGGGGAGGACCCGGCUCAGGUGGAGGAGGUUACUUCCAGGCCUAUUCCACCUACAAUAACUACGGCACCGGCUAUAGCGCUGGCUUUUCCCCUGGCAUGAGUGGUGGCGGGGCGGGCAUUAAACAUGCUACACAGGGCAGAGCGGAGGACAGCGGUGAUGACAGCGACAUGGGCGAUGACCCGUCCUCGGGGGCAGUGGUGGCGGACCGAGCCCAGUCGGAGGAGGAUGCCUCUGCUGGGGAGACAAAAUGCGUGCUGGAGGCCAGGCUGGUGGAUGUGGCUGAGAGGCAGGCUGAAGCCCUCUUCCAUUACGCCGUCACUGGAGACGUCCGCUACCUGAUGGCUCCACAGCGCCACCUCAUGACGACUCAGGACGAGAACGGCGACACUGGUCUCCAUCUGGGGGUGAUCCACAGCCAGACAGACGCAGUCAGGAGUCUAGCCCAGGUGCUCUCUGCCCUGCCUGGAGAGGAGGUCCUCAACAUGAGGAAUGACCUCUACCAGACUCCUUUGCACCUAGCGGUGAUAACCCAGCAGAAGGAGGCAGCCGAGGCCCUCGUAUUGGCUGGGGCUGAUGUCACUCUGUCUGAUCGCCACGGAAACACGGCUCUACACCUGGCCACUCAGCAGAAGGAGGGAGGGAUGGUGGGAUUUCUACUAAGACACAGAGAGGUGGUGGAACUAGUGGACCUCCCCAACACAGCAGGAUUUUGCUCCCUCCACCUGGCUGUGCUGGCCAACAGCCUAUGUUCCCUCAGGGACCUCCUGGUGAGCGGGGGCAAUGUGGAGGUCCAGGAGAGGAGCUGCGGCCGCACGGCACUCCACCUGGCCACUGAGCUGGACAACGUCUCCCUUGCAGGCUGCCUGCUACUGGAGGGGAAUGCUGAUGUGGACUGCUGCACCUACAACGGCUCCAGCCCUCUACACAUAGCAGCAGGCCGGGGCUCUGUCAAACUGACCGCUCUCCUCAUGGCUGCAGGUGCCAAUCCUCACAAAGAAAACUUUGAGCCCCUGUUCUUCAGAGAGGAUGACUGCUGUGUGGAUGAGGAAGAGGAACAGGAUGAAGGCUACAUCCCAGGGAUGAGUCCUCUUAACAUGGCUGCCACUGCUGAGGUAUUGGAAAUUCUGAAUGGCAAAGAGUACAAKCCAGAGACCACCAUCCCAGUCUUCAUCCCCCCUCAAGGCGACAUGCGGAGCCUGGGCUCAGACACAAAGCGGGCAUUAUGCCAGGCACUUGAGUGCCAGGGGGGGAGCUGGGAGAGCCUGGCAAACACGCUGGGGCUGGGCAUCCUCAACAGUGCCUUCAGACUCAGCCCCUCCCCCGCCAGCACACUGCUGGACAGCUACGAGGUGUCCGGGGGAAUGGUCAUGGACCUUUUGGAGGGACUCAGGAUGGUGGAUAACUCCACCGCGUUGACAGUACUGCAGGGGGCACUGUGUAAAACAGAGCAGGCUCCUCUAGCUCCCCAAAGCACCACAGAGCUCUUAGGACGUGUCCAGGAUCUGAAGCUGGACGGACAGGAGGACAGCGGCGUGUGUGACAGUGGGGUGGAGCUCUCCACAGCGUGACUGCCAGAUUGGUUUAUCACACAUCAGGGCCCUGACCUUGUCAGGAUUUCAUGAGGCUUCUACUUCCUAUAAGCAGGCUACAGACAAUUUCUCUCUGAAAGGGACACUAGCAAGCUCGUCUCCUCACACAUCAUGCUAAAUAUCCUUACUUUUAAUGUUUUGAAUACGUAAACAUAGUAUGCAUGUUAUGUUUGCAUAAUGACAUUUCAGGAAACCUGAAUGUAAUCUAUUUGAAUCUUGUUUGAAUUAACAUCAUGAAUGUGUUUUAUUCAGGGGAAAACUCAAGAGGCUUGGUAUAAAUGUGGAAAAUACUUUUUAAAUAAUUUGUAAUUUAUUAGAUUCAAAAUGAUAUGAUCAGAAAUGUUCUCCCCACACUACAGUUCAUUUGGAGCAUGGAAGUAAAAAAAAUGCAGCCGAUUCAAAUGACCAAUUUUGAGUGUGGCACUCUGGACCUUGGCAAAGCCCGAGAAAUACGUUCCAACACCCCCUUGUUUACAAGGCGUAGACCCCAUACAGAAUGAGCAGGCUUCAAUGCCACUUUGGAAAAAAGUGUCUGAUUAAAUUAUAUUAAAUGAAAAUUGCCCCUUUAUACAGCAGUAGUUGCCAAAAGGAUAGCCCGUUAUGUAUCCCCCACUCAUAAAGUGACUCCGUAGCUGUGGAAAUAUCACAUGGAUAGAAUGGUUUACUGUUCAGUGGUUUGUAUUGAAACCAAGCAACCACUAAUACAUGCUCCUGCAAUGUUUUUGUAUCAUGUACAACAAAGUCAAAUUACAUUUCCUAUGGAAGUGGUGCUACCAGUGAAUUGUACGUAUGAUAAUGGUUUAUUGCAAUAAUCAUGAAGCCUGUUAAAGCACAAUCCUCAGCCUUGACUACAGUACAGAAACCACUUUUGAAUAGCCUUGAGUUCAUUCCUGUGUAGACAAGCUUUUCAUCGUACCAGUUAUCAUCAGUUAGUGUAUCCCUUCAUUUUAUCCAUUGAUGUCUGUAUGAAGUAGGGUCUAAACUCACUUUUGGAAGCCAUUUGUUUCUAGUAACAUUUUUCUGUUAUCAAUGCACUUGAUGGAGUAAGUUGAAUUGUUUUAUCAAAUGUUCAUAGCCAGGUUAUCAAGUUCUGCUUCAAGACCACGUUGGAGAAUGAGUGGUGCUUUAUUUUCUUAAUUGCAAAAUGGGGAAGAACAAUUAAGUAUUCAGUGAGUCAUUUGAUAUUCCUAAACCCUCUUUUUUAUGUUAUCGACAUCAAAAGAGAUUUGUUUCAAUCAAGUUUGAAGCUGUUCCAACAUUUUCCUGACAACACUGGCAUUUUGAGAUGACUAUCAAUCCCAAACCAAAGAUUUAAUAGGCAAGCACCGCUUCACUUUGUGUGGAGCUUCAAUAUUUAUACCUGUACCCUGUGAAACUUUUGUAUAGUCAAAGGUUUGCUUUUUAAUGGGUUUUAUUGUAAUACUUUUUUAAUAAAAUUGUUAAUUGUG